AUGCUUUUGAACAUGGACAUUAGUAAGUUGGUGCAAUUCAUCUCGCCCUUAGUUGAUUCAUCACAUCUUGAGCCUUGGUCCAUCAUGAUGUUGGAUGUUUUCCAGACAUUACAUAAAGAACGUGAAUUUUUUGACACCCUCAUGAGACAAGAAUUAGCAUCUAUUGAUUCCAUAACUCGGACCCAUCGAAUAAGCGAGAGUAUUUCAUCCUCAACUGUUUCCGGCGCCGAUUCAAACGUUUCCGGUGUUUCCAAGACGCCAUCACGUGCUUUCAAUACAAUUUUCAGAGGCAAUUCGAUUCUUUCUAAAGCUUUGGAGAAGUAUGACAUUCGUGUUGGUCAAGAAUAUUUAGAGAAAAUGCUCGGGCCAUUUAUUCAAAAGGUUGUUUCUGAAAAUAAGAAUUGCGUUUGCGAUCCAAAGACUUGCCCAGAUGAUUAUGAGGAGAACUAUAAAAACCUUCUUGGAUAUGUGGAGAUAUUGUGGGAAAAAAUAUACACGACGUCAAAUGAUCUGCCUAGAGAAAUCAGAGAUGAAUGGAAGAACUUGAGGAGAAAUGUUGAAUUAUCAGUUGAUCCAAAUGAUUCGGAGACCCCACUUAAUGCUUUGACAGCGUUCAUAUUUCUUCGAUUUUUAUGUCCGGCAAUUAUGAAUCCGCAGUUGUUUAACCUUACUAGAGGAUAUCAUAAUGCGAAUAUUUCCAGAAGCUUGACUUUGAUUGCCAAAGUUCUUAUGGUGUUUGCUAACAGGUCAGAGUUCAAACCACACAAGGACCCAUCGCUAAUGAGGCUUAAUACAGAUUUCAUAGACAACCACAAGGAUGAAAUUGUCGCAUACUAUGAUCGUGUCACUGGUUGUAAGAUGGAUUUCAAUGAAAAGGUAUUAGAUCUCUCGAAUUCAAAGGAUAGAUUGAAGUUGAAUACAUCCGAGGAAAUUCUCAACGAGCUUCCAACCAUGCCUUACCUCAUAGAUAAGUAUCUGAAUCUGACAAAGUUAUGCCAGAUCUUGUAUAAUGAGGUGAAGGAAAAUGGCUCUGAGAGCAAGAGUACGGACACAAAUCCGCAGACCGAUAAUGACAGUGCCCUUCUUGGAGUUGAUGUCUCAGGACUUGGAACUGGUGAUUUCUUGAAGAAUCUUUUGGAUGAUAAUGACGAAGAGUUCAGCAAUAUUUUGUUUAAGCGAGACUUUUCCAUGAAAGAACUUACAGAUCAAGCUGUGCACAUAAUGGAGAAAGUUCAAAGCCUUGAACGUGUGUUAAAGAGGGCAGAGACACCUGAAGCAUUUGACGAAAAGAACUGGAGGAUGUUUAUUUCAUCCAUUAUAAGGUCUGUUCGACUGACCGAAGAUGAUGUUAUUCUGAAUGAUCAAUUUGUUCUGCACAACCCCGAUUUGUCAAUGGAAGAGGACCAUCAGUUGAUUGGGCUGCUUACUUCACUUUCCAAGGUCACUCCACAGACUGAAGACGAGAUACAGAAUCAUCAUCAUCACGGUAAGGGAAACAUUUUCAGAAAGUGGUUCAAACAUAGAAGUUAA